AUGUUUAUAGGAAAUGCUGAUGAUCCAAUAGAAUCAAUACAAAAAUAUGAAGAAGAUUUUUUUCGUAACUCAAAAUUAUUUCGUGAUGGUAUUUUUAAAACUAAUCAAACAACAACACGUAAUUUAAGUUUUGCUGUUAGUGAUUGUUUUUGGAAAAUGGUUAAAGAAAGUGUUGAACAACAAACAGAUACAUUUAAAGCAACAAAAUUUAAUUUAGAAACAGAAUGGAAAAAUAGUUUUCCAAAAUUACGUGAACAAGAUCGAGAUGAAUUAUUUGAAAAAGCUCGUGGUGAAAUACUUGAUGAAGUUGUUAAUCUUAGUUUAAUACCAAGUCAAAUAUGGGAAGAUAAUUUAUCAAAAUAUUUAUGGACAACAAUGUCUAAUUUUAUUUUCGAUGAUGUAUUUUUAACAGCUGCACAAGCUGAAUCUAUCGGUAAUUUUAAUACAACAGUUGAUGUUAAAUUACAACAAUGGACUGAAAAAGUAUUACCACGUCAAUGUAUUGAUAUUGGUCAUUAUGUUUUAUUAGAUGAAUUUCAAAAUUUAAUUGAACGUGAACAAAAAAGUCGUUCGUAUGAUCCAAUAACACAUGAUUUAAAAAUGCAAGUUGUUCAAGAAUGUCGUACAAGACAUCAAUGGGAUGUUAAAGCACUUGAUUCACUUAGAGUUAUUCAAACACAAGCAUUACAAGAUCGUAAUGUUACAGAUAAACAACAAUGGGAAUUAGCUGCAAAAUUUAUGGAAAAUGUUAUUCGAAAAGAAUUAGAACAUCAAGAAUUAGAAUUAAGUUCAAAUAAAAAUCAAGGUUCUUGGCUUAAAUUUAUUGGUCUUCAACAAUUAACUAUGGAAGAAAAAUAUCGACAACAAUGUGUUAAAGAAAUAGAAAAGAUUUUAACUACUAGACAACAAUUAGAUCAAACAGCGAAAAAUAGUUAUAGAUUACGUUCUACUCUUGACUAUGAUGAAUUAACAACUGUAAAGAAAAAUCUUCAAACACAAAAAAUUGAUGUAUCUAAUGAUUUUAUAACUGAUAUAUGGCAACGUGUAUAUAAAAUUCAUUUUCUUAAACGAAAUUUAUCCACAUGCCUUGAUUGUCGUCGAUUUUUUUAUUAUUAUCAAAAAGGUUUUUCGGAUCAAGGUCUUGAUUGUCAUGAAGUUGUGUUUUUUUGGCGUUUAAACCGUAUGAUUGAAAUAACAAGUAAUGCUAUUCGACAACAAAUAUCAAAUAUUGAAACUCGUCGACUUGAACGAGAAGUAAAAGAAAUUUUAGAUGAUUUUAGUAGUGAUGAAACACUUAAAGCAAAUCUUCUCAAAGGAAAACGAGUUGAUUUAGCUGAAGAACUUAAACGUGUUCGACAAGUUCAAGAAAAAUUAGAAGAAUUUAUUGAAGCAUUAAAUAAAGAAAACUAA